GCGCUCCCUGCGGGGCCGCCGGGAGGAGGCAGGCCGGGCGCUGCAGGCUCGCGGGAGCGGGUCAGGAGGCGCGGAGGCGCGGGACGGAGCAGCCUCGGGGGGACCAUGCCUCGGGUCCGGGGCCGAGCGGGGCUGCUCGGAGUCGUGCUGCUGACGGCGCUGCUGGCCGCGGGGCGAGGGCUGCCCCUGAGGAAGCCGCGGGGCCCCGGGCCCCCGCCCCCGAGCCGCGCGAGGCUGGCGGAGGUUUUGGCCUCCCUAGAUCCCAGCUCUCCUGGGGAAGAGGAAGGGAAACCACUGCUCCCCAGGACCCGCCUCCAGGCAGGACCACGCCAGCACAGACACCGGGCUCUCCCUGAGCCAGCAGCCUGGACCCUGGACGAGGCCUCGGCUGCCAGGACUCUGGAGAACAUUCCCUUGCUGCUGGAGCUACAGAAGCUGCCAGGGCUGGCCAGCACAGACCUGAGUGCCCUGAACCCCAAUAUCCAGGUGACUCUCGAGGUGGCAGAGGACCCCCAGACUGAGGUGGAGAUGGACCUGCUGGCCAAGCCCAGCAAUCACUGGUCCCAGGGCACCCCCAGCUGGCUGCCCACCAGGGAGCUUUUCUGGCCCCUAUUCUGGGGCUACUUGGAGGGCCAAGAGGGAAGAACAGGUGUCAAGGGCAGAGCCCCUGGGGAGGAAGAGGAGGAGGAAGAGGAGGAGGACUACCCUGCAGAGCACAGUGAAAACGAGGACCAGGAGGGCCGUGAUGAGGACGAGGAUGACGAGGAGGAGCCUGGGUUCAGUGGGGCUACAGGCGGCUGGGAGCAGGGCUGGUUGGCCCCUGGGGCCUGGGCCUUCAAGGAGCUGGACAGCUAUGACAAUGAGCUUCAAGAGUGGAGCCCCUGGUCUCCUUGUAGUGGGACCUGUGGCAGCGGCAGCCAGCAGAAGACUUGGCCCUGCAGCUCCGCCUGCACUGCCUCCAAGUCCCAUGCCUGCGACCUGCCCCCAUCCUGCCUAGCCUCUCUUCCUGAAGGCACUGAGGACAAGGACCUCUUGGGCUUCCCCAGUGAGGGGUGGCAGCCCGCAGCCCAGAGUGCUCCAGAUGUGCUGGGAGAUGUGGACAGCUGUGAGAAGUGGCUGAACUGCAAGAGUGACUUCUUGGCCAAGUACCUGAGCCAGAUGCUCCGGGACCUGCCCAGCUGCCCAUGUGCAUACCCACUGGAGGCCAUGUACAGUGCCGUGAGCCUGCAGGACGAGCACCAGGGCCGCAGCUUCCAGUGGAGAGAUGCCAGUGGCCCGCGAGAGCACCUAGACGUAUACCAGCCCACAGCACGCUUCUGCCUGCGCUCUCUGCUAUCCACAGAGAGCAGCACGCCGGCUGCCCAGCACUGCUGCUACGACACAGGCAGCCGGCUGCUGACCCGAGGCAAGGGUGCUGGCGCACCUGACCUUGUCAGCACCGACUUCUCGCCAGAGCUGCACUUCAAGGUGGACACACUGCCCUGGAUCCUGUGUAAAGGGGACUGGAGCCGCUACCAUGCUGUGCGCCCCCCCAACAAUGGCCAGGCGUGUGCUGACAACCCUCCCGAGGAGGAGUACCUGGCCCAGUUGGAAGAGGCCAAGGAGUACUAGUGAGGGGGCCACUGUGCUGAAUUGCCUCGCAGGCCUCAUACCCCUCCUCUGUCCAGACCUCAUGAGGCCGGUCUGGGUGGACCCAGGCAGGCCAGCACCCUGGAGUCAGUGUAGGGUUGGGACAGGUUGAAGGGUUUCGGGCCCAGGGUGAGGGAGGGAGCUCAGUUCCUGUGGCCCCUGGGGAUGCCUGGGAAUGUGCAUCUGUGAAGCUCUCCCUCUCCUGCCUGCUGGAGGCGCUGCCCCACCCUGGCCACUCAUUUUCCUUCUUUCCCUCAGAGCUGGGAUCUUCCGCCCGGCUCUGUGCACAGGUGUGAGCUGGGCUCUCCAGACACACCCUGCUUCCAGGACCUGCAGUGAAUCACUCAGACCCAGCCCGGAGGGCCAGUCCCUUCAGCCUGCCCACAACUUCCUCUUGCCAGGCUGCCAGCCAGCCCCAGGUGAGCAGCACGCCUCUCCCAGUGGCUGCACAUGGCCUCCUUGCCCCAUGCGCUGCUGGGAGCCACCAGGAGCUGGUUAGCCUCAGCUCCGGGCUGCCUUUCUGUGGACACCACCGUAGGGCUGAAGAACCCUCAGCGAACAGACAGGCUGAGGUAGCCGAGACACGGCUGGCUCCAGGUGGGGAAUGGAUCAACCAAUCCCGGUCCCCUUCUUUGUUCUAAGUGGUAGGAUUGUGCUGGGGGAGGUGGCACUGCCCUGAGUGGGUGGGCUCAGAACUGGCUGGGGAGGAUGUCAUGUGGCCAUGGUGAGCUGGUAAACCUCUUCUCUGUUGGUGUGGGGGGAUGCUUUGAUUUGUAGCUUUUGGGCAAUUUCUGGGGUGUAAGUACUCCCACCGUGGCUGACUUCAGGCUCCCCAGGUGAUGUCACUGAAUGCACUGAGCUCAGAAUUAGGCAGAGAUGCACAUAACUGCCCCCACCCCCAGCACACCUCAUGCCUCUUCCCUGCCUCCCUGUGCCCCCUAUGUCACACUUCCUUGCCUUCUAUGGGAUUGAAAUGCUGAGGUCCCACUUUUCCUGUUCACAAAAGCCUCCAAAGUUAAGGGACUUCAGUCCUAGCCCCUAGACAGCUGCCCUGAAGCUCUGUGGGAUCCUUAGCAAUAAAGCACUUUAUUUGCAAAUUCUGUCUGAUGAAGAAUUUGGGGUCCCAGCAGAGCAGAAGGGUGUAGGGGGCCCUUGCUUACAGUCCAAGCCCAGCUCCCAUGUGUUUUGUUUAUGACUACCCAACCCAGCUGGGCAGGCAAAGCUCCUGGGGCACAGAGGUUAAACCGUAAACAUGAGUUAUCUCUGUCAUCUCACUGGUGAGGGCCUGGGAGGCAGAGGGAAGCUGGCUGGACCUCAGAGCACAUGUACUCUGUUCUUUGGUCAGAGAUGUAAACUGCAUGUACUCUGAGUAAGUGGCUCCACUGCCCCAAGUAACUUGCUACAAAGGGUCCAGUUUAGUUGCCCGUAGGACUAUAUAGGAUAACAAAGAUGGACACGUACCUGGCUUAGUUGGUAUCCUUAUGAGACACUCCACUGUCACUCCUGGCAUUUGGGAAAGGACAGAGACAUAUCAAAGUAGGAUGAGACAAGGUUGAGAGCCACCACCUGGAGAGAGCCAGAUUUUUCCAAUUACCGUCACUCCUCGAGGUCGGUUUAACGGUCUGGAUUUGGACCACAGUCUAAAAUUAUUCUGGUGCAACUAGAAUAUUACAGGGUCAGAAAGACAGAAUCUCAGGUCACCUGAUGGGGUCCAAGUUCACGCCUUUCCUAUUGUUUGGGAAAUUCAAUACAACUAGCACAGGCAUGCUUUAAGUAUUUUUUAGCAGAAUUUUUUUUUUUUAAUGAGACAUCCGAGUCUGUUUUCACAGGUAACUGCUAAAUUCUUUCUGAUUAUCUUACCAUAAACACACUGUCUAAAUUUAAUCUAUGCCUAAUGCUUGUCUAUUACCCAAACAAACAGGCGGGGCCGGUAGGUUUGAUUUAAGCUGUAGUCCAGGUUCUUCAUCAAAAGCUUUCUUUUGGAUCGUCAGAAGGCAGAAUGCUGAGCUGAAUGUGAAUUAGUUCAGCCUAGCACUCUUUUGAGUAAUUGAACCCAAAUGUGGCUUUGGGGAGGUCUAAAAUUUCCAGAUUAGUACUGAGUUUCUACUUUACUUCAACUAAAACAUUCUAGCCAAGUCAUGUUGGUAGGAUUAGCCUGCAGGCCCUGCUGCCACCUAAUAAAACAGACAAAAAUAGAUGGAAGGAAACAGCUGUAGCUGCAGGAGGUAGUGUCUGGAUUAGAGGGCGCUGACUCACACUGGGGUGCAGGACGCUGGGGCAGGACCUGCCUAGGAAAGUGCCCCUGCCUGUUCAGGUCGUCACCUCCUGUAACAUGGCAGUCUGAACCCACUAGAUCAUAUCCCCAGCACAUGGUCAGUGCUCAGUACUUGUUUAUGGAACCAGGUAUUUAAACACUCAUUUCUUCCUCUUUCUGGGAAUACUAAGAGGUUUGGAAUUUUCUACUCCAGGAGGGAUGCCUGACAUAACUAGAAAUGCAGGAGCUUUCCUUUGGGAAUAAACCCAACAAGGUGGUAGAUGUAGUGGUUUAGACUUGAGCCUGGCUCAGCAGGUCCAAUCCUUGUCCCAAACCCCACCCUGCUAAUCAUUAGCUGUAGGGUCUGGAAUAUGUUACUUAAGAAAUCCAACGCUUAGUUUCUUGUAACAGAAAUGAUGGUAUUAUCUAUUUCAUAGGGUUAUUAUGGGGGUUCAAUAAGCUCAUGUGAGGAAACCGCUUAGUCUGGUGCUGGAUCGUGCUAACUUCAUUAAACAGGCUGUUAACCCAAUGCCCACAGUUCCCCUGGUCACAGAGUGGGGAAUCUCAUCUCAAACCAGCACCUGGUCAUCCCUCUUCUUGCAGUAGGGGAAGAGACCACAGCAAGUGGAAGUCCAGGAUGCCACCUCUGCCUGCAGUAGUGUUUGUUGGCACUGUUUACACCAGAGCACCAACCCUCAGUGAGGGAGAGGAAACUUUCUGCCAGUCUGCAGAAAGGAUGCUAGCUUAGAAAUGCUUGGUGGUAACAAGCAGGCUCCUUUGUGUCUCUUACCUACACUUAACCAGAAUGGAGACA